AUGCCUCGUUCGAAUAAAGCAGUUGUCCUUCUGACAGCACUCACUGCCAUUGUCGUUGCUUACCCUGGCAUGGGCCGGGUUCCCGACGGCGUGACCCAUGAGGACCUGAUAUCAAUGUUGGGCCGCGGCGGACCCAAUGGAGGCAAAUACAGCGCCCGGGCCGAUGACAAGGAAGCCAUAGGCGACCUGCUCAAUAUUUCUGACAACGACCUUUCCGAUGUCGGAAAAGACGUGAAGGGCAUAUUGACUGCCGAUGGCAGCGCCGUCUCUUCGGACUCUGUAGAUGCCGUCCCCGACCUUGGCAGCAACGACUGCGCCGCGGAUAAGUGCUGCGUAUGGAAGCACGUCGCCAACGACCUUAUUACCACAUUCCGCGACGAAAAUGGUUGCACUGAACCUGCCCGCGCGUCCAUCCGCCUGGGCUUCCACGAUGCCGCCGGGUGGAGCAAAAAUACCGGCGACCUCGGUGGCGCUGACGGGUCCAUCGUCCUCGCACCCGAGGAGAUUGGGCGGUCCCUCAACAGAGGCCUAGAGGACAUCGUGGAACAGAUGAAGGUCUGGCACGAUAAGUACAGCAAAUUUGGCGCUGGCAUGGCGGACCUGAUCCAAUUCGCUGCGACGACGGCCACCGUGGCGUGCCCCGGCGGGCCCAGGAUCAAGACGUUCGUCGGCCGCAAGGACUCAUCUGUGGCCUGUCCCGACGGCCUGUUGCCCGACCCAAGGGACAACGCGGACAAGCUGAUUGGUUUAUUUGCGAAUAAGACCAUCACCCCUCCCGGCCUCGUCGCUCUCGUCGGCGCACACACUGUCAGUCGCCAACGGUUCUUUGAUGUGGCACGCGCCAACGCCCCUCAGGACACAACACCUGCAACCUGGGAUGUCCUCUUCUACCAGCAAACUCUGGCUGCAGCUCCUUCGGAAAUCGUGACCUUCCCUAGCGACACGGUCCUGUCGAAAGACCCAAGGUCUGCCCCGGCUUUCAAGACUUUUGCAGAGCAGGCACCGCUGUGGGGUGCUGCUUACGCGAGAGAAUACCUUCGUCUCAGCCUUCUUGGAGUCUUCAACAUAAACGAGUUGACAGACUGUACGAAAGCGCUCCCGAGUGCCUAG